AUGACAGAGGAGCAGAGACGGGAGCGCGAUGCCAACCUGGCGCGCGUCAUGACACUCCUGGUGCACUCCAGCGGCUGCCGGAACGUGCCCCUCCUCCAACUGCGCCAAGAUGAAAGGCGCGUGUGGAUGCUGCUGCAGGUGCAUGCGAAGCAGUGCAAGAACAGUGGCUGUCCCGUGCCGCGCUGCUGCGAUCUUUAA